CAGGUGUAGACGAACGAAAACUGUUUAUAUAGUAAAAUGCAGGUCAAAAUCAUUUGCAUAGAUUUUCUAGAUAGCCGGUGUCUAUUUUUACCUGUAACCCUGUACUUUAAUAGUUUUUCAGUUUUUCAUCACCAGAGCCAAGCUGCAGACGGUACAACAACGGCCAAGGCUAAAGUUCAUUGUCGGGAUUAUUCGUCGUUAUUUGAAAAAUGCCACCAAAGAAAACAAAAGCUAGGCGUUCGAUAGUAGCCGAGAAUGUGGAACCAAUACCUUCAAACAAGGCGAGCGAAAGUAAUAAUCAAGCUAGUUCAAGUCGAGUGGUCAAAGCAGAUUUGAGCUCGAGUCGCGGUUUUGGCGACAUCGCUCAAACGAAAACUCUGUUACCCCAUCAAAUCUCAAAACCAGAAGUCCAGCCUAACAUAUCGAUCAGAGCAGUUAAACUACAACCCUUCAAGCCAAGAAUUUCUAAGUCAGAGCCAGCCCUUCCAAAUAUUAAAUAUCCAAAAGUCUCUCUUAGUGCUUUAGGGACGACAACCAGCCCACAAUACCUAACGAAAAAGACAACGCCUAUCAAAGAAUCCGUUGAGGUACAAACACAAACCCGCAAAACCUUACUCAGCAGUCUUUACCAGGAAGACAGCACCAGCCACCCAUCUUCGCAAACUACAGAUUUGUAUACAAGCAUUUCAUCCAAUAAAAGGGAUCAUUUACAAAGUGCUGCAGAACCCAGAAGAAGCCUCAGACCAAAUCGCUCAAGAAGCCAGUGUAGUUUGGAGUGCUGUGAAGAAGAAGACAUGGAAACAAGAAGUAAAGCACGUUUAAUGACACCUCAUGAAGGACGAAGAACCCCCAGAACAAGAACCUCUGCACGGACACGCCCAUUGGGCAUAAAAAAGGAACCAGAAGAUGAUGUCGAUCAUGUAAAGGCAAUGCUCCAAUAUGAUGAUGUUGUGGACUCUACUGGACGUAGAGAUGUACCUAAACACCUUUUUGGCCUCGAUGGAAACAAUGAGCCAGCCUUAUCAUCAACUGACGAUGAGAUCUGUGUUGAUGGUGACACAAACAACAAUGUCACUAUAGCAGCUCGACCAAAAGCCUGGUGUUCCUGCAGUCCCUGGUGUGUGCUAACCUGUAUGGCAGUCUUGGUUGCCAUGGUAGCCAUCUCUAGUGUGUUUCAGCCUUGCCCCCAUGACGCUGCUCUCUUCAAGGGACUGAACAUUAAGAUUACAGAGGAUGAUGCAGAGGAUAAGAUGGAUAGCAACCUGCGUGAACUUCAGGAGAAGCUAGAACAAUUAUCAGCUCAAGUCAGUGGCCUGCGGCAAACAGUCAUCAAAAACGAGACUGAAGAAGCAGUGGAUACUCAGCAGCCAAUGACCAAAGAGACCCUUAAACUCAUGCUGGAGAAGAUGCUAAGGGACAACAUGGAGGCGGCUCUGGACAAGUACAGUGCCGACAAACUGGGAAUCCCUGACUAUGCACUUGAGUCAGAUGGUGGAGCUAUUCACUUCCCCCAUCACUCGACGACUUUCAACACUGGCACUGAGCGAGGGUGGUUUGGCCUCAGUUUCUGGUAUGACACAGUUUCUCCUCGGGUUAUCAUACAGCCUGACAAUAAGCCAGGUCAAUGCUGGGCGUUUCAAGGACAACAAGGCUACGUUGUUAUCAAGCUGUCGAGGGCAAUCAUCCCUACAAUGUUCACGUUGGAACACAUUCCGUCCUCCCUCUCCACGAAUGGCCAAGGAAAAAUCCCUACCGCGCCCAAGGACUUCUCCGUGUGGGGUUGGGCGGAUCCCGAGGGCACUGAGAAGGUGAUGCUCGGUAACUUCACGUACAAGAAAGAGGGCAAAUCCCUGCAGACCUUCCAAGUCAAGGGAACCCCGUCUGAUGCCGUGUUCCGUUACGUGGAGCUGCGUGUGCUGAGUAACCACGGCCAGGCUACUCACACCUGCAUCUACCGCCUUCGUGUCCAUGGUGACCUGCCGCCCACGACAAGACCCUAGCUAUGUAGUCCUCCUUAAUAGACAACCGUGUUGUGUGUCAUCGUCAAUUAAAACACGUGUACUGCGAAGCUCCGAGGGGGGAGAUUGCAGAACUAUGUUGUUUACGGUAAUGAGUUGAUUUGUGUUUCAUUUUUAAAACGACCAAGACUGGUUCCAUAAGGGGUAUGGGUUUGGGUCAUUUGCCAAACUAUCCCACAAUCCUGAUGGCGCACCUAGAUAUAGCAUUAAAGCCGCAUUGUCACCAGUUCACUUCCGGAGGUCCGACGCAAACCUCAACCGUUAAAAGACAAAAGAAUCUAUUAAAAUCCGAGAUAUUUAACAUGCCAUCCGCUCUAAAUUAUCAAUCACAUCCUCGAAGAAACUUGCAAUAUACACACUGCUUUCAAUAUUUUGAAAUAUUUUUCGAGUUUCCGUUAAAUCAUCGGAAAUUGUAACGUAAUCUACCGGAAGUAAACUGGUGACAAUGGGGCUUUAAUAUUUAUGUCAAUACAAUUUCUAGAGUGUAAGGUUUUGUGUUAUCAUGUCUGCGAUAUUUAUCAUCGCGCUCUAAAGACAUCGCGAAAUGCUACACAUAAUGCAGCAAAAUAAAAUAAAAUGUUUAUAUUCGAGUUUGUGGAAGUUUUUGAACCACUAAAGUAUAUUUUGUACAAAUCAAUCCUUUGAGUUACGAUGUAAUAUCAUGUGGGUCGUACUAUCGCAUUCAAAUCAAUGCAGGUUUCAUAGUAGUCAUAUCGUUAUUUAUAUUUUAAAAUACCUCCCGAAAAAAGAAGCAAUGGUUCACUCCAUCACAAACAUUGUACAGAAAAAUUAUAGGUAAAGUGAUAAACUAUUCUAUAAUAGUAUUGAUAAAUGAUUGUAUAAAGUUCUGUGGCAUAUAAAAGAUAGUUCAAAUAAAAAGCAUUUGGGAUCCGU